CCGUUUUUGCGAGCCGAUUAACCGCAAUUUGAGCAUAGAUUUAGAAACUGCUUUUCUUCAAUAUUUUCGUUCAGUUUAGAGAGUGGUGAUAGAUUUUUAAAUUAUUUCCAAAUUAGGACGCUUUUACCUACCUCAAAUCAUUGCCGUCUUUCAGUUGGCUUCUUAUCGUACAUUUGUGCUUCUUUAAUUUUUAACUAUCGUCUUAAUAACCAUUUUUUUAAUUUUGGAAACCACUGGGCUCUUAUCAUUUAUUGCUAGAGUAAUAUACGUAUUAUAAUCCUGUAUCAAAUCCAAGAAAGCCAUCUUCAAAGAUAUAUAUAAUAGGUACUUUAUAUUUUAGGGGUACUAUUUGGAAACUAUAAUUUUACCAUACAUUUAAAAUGUAUUAACAGAGUUUAAGUGUGUAACUAUAGAUAGUCGGGUGAUAUGGCUAGUAAGUCGACUGAACCUGAAUCACCAAAAAAAAAUGAAAAGUUUGACAAGUUUUACACUGAAGUAAGUUUCUGAAUAAACAAUAAAGUUUCAUUUGCCCGUGGUUUAUAUUAUUAUAUUUAUUAUUUAAUCUACAGGUAAAAGAAAUUGAAAAACGUGAUUCUGUAUUGACAUCCAAACAACAGAUAGAUAGACUUUUGCGUCCAGGAGCUUCAUAUUUCAAUCUGAAUCCUUAUGAAGUACUUCAAUUAGAACAUGAUACACCUUUAGACGAAGCAAGGAAAAAAUAUAAAAGAGUAAGUACUAAGUAUUAUUAUUAAUUUAAAAUCAGCUUCAAUCUCAAAAUUAUUUUAGUUAAUUGAAUAUAAUAUUGUAAAUACAUAAAUAUUAUGAAAAAUAAAAAAAUUAAAUUGUUAUAUUUCAUAUAUAUUAUGUUAUAUAUAAAGCCUAGUGGUUUAUCAAAGUAAAAUUAAAAAUUAAAUUAUUUUUACAAUUUAUAUUAUUAGUAUUUAUUACUACUGUAGUUGUUUAAUUACAGUUAAUAUAUAGUAAUAAGUCAAAUAAUCUAAAAUGUGUGUUAUUAGUUGGUCAAUCAAUGUCUAUAAUUUUUUUAGUAAUACAUUUUAUUUUCAUUACUCCUUAUUAUUUUUAACAACAUUAUGGGUUGAGCAAGAACAAAUAUAUAUAUAUGGGUAUAUGAAUAGCUCAAUUUUGUAACCAGAAAACGAUUUCUGGGGAGAGGUACUAAUAAUUUGUAUUCAUAUAUCACUUAUGAAAACUUAUCUGUUAUUCUAAAUAUUAUAAUUAUUAUUAAUUUUUAAAUUUUAUUAUUCUAGCUAUCUAUUUUGGUACAUCCAGAUAAAAAUCAAGACGAUUUAGAAAGAGCAAAUAAUGCUUUUGAAACUGUUAACCGAGCAUGGAGGACAAUUGAUAAUGAUGAAUCGAGAAAAAAAUGUCUUGAGAUCAUACAGGAAGCUAAAGAUAUGACAGAAUUUAUGAUUGCAGAAAAACGAAAAAAAUUAAAAAAAGAAGGCAAAGACACAUCAGUUGAAGAAGAUGAUCCAGCUAUUAUGAAACGUAGUAUUUAUGUACAAACAUGUAAACUAUUUGCUGAUCUCGAACGUAAAAGAAAAGAUCACGAAGCAAGAGAACUUCAAGAGAGAAAACGAAAAAGGGAACAGGAAAUUGAAGAAGAACAAAAAGCAACUAUGUCAAAGGAAUGGCAAAAAAACUUUGAUGUAAGUUUUAUUUUAUUUUUUGUAUGGUCAAUCUUAAUACUGAAUUAUUUCAAUAUAAUAAUUGUAAACUCUGAAAUUGUUGGUGAUUUAAUAUUUAUAUGAAAUUUACUAUCCUGGAUGAUCCAUUUUAAAUACACUCUUUAUCUCAGAAAGUAUUAACUUUUUCUGGAAUUUGUUUUCUAGAGCAUUUAAGAAACAAGCAGCUGCUCUACAAUGUUAUAUUUAUGUUAUUUUUUGUCCUCUUAUUUUUAGGGAUAAAACCACCACAUGCUUUUGAUUUUCAAAUAGUAACCUAUAUUAAAAAUUACAUCAAUAGAUGGAGUAUUAGUUAAAAUAAAUAUAAAUGUUGACAUUUUUGAUUUCUGUCAAACCAUUGACCAAAUAUUCCAUUUUUAAGUUUAGGUUGGAGGAGAGUAAUGGUGCAUUAUUAACACCGCGCAAAUGAUACAAAUGAUACUCUCCUACUAUCCAAACUUAAAAGUGGAAUAUCUCGUAUACGGAUAAUAAAAAUUCGAAAAAAGUUGAUACUUUCCAAGAUAAUGGAUCCACUUAAAUUAAUGACCCGGUAGACCUAUCAGGUCACGACACAUUUUAGAAUUAAUUAGCUAUUUUUUUAAUAUAACAUUGAAAAUAUAUAAAUACAUAAAAUUGUUGAUCCUAGUUAUAAUGUAUACAUAGUUCUUUCAAUAUUAUUGGUUAUGUUUAUGCACAUCAAAAUUUGUAGAAACUAUUUAAGAUGUAUUAGUUUUACAAAGAUGAUUUUAUUUUUAUUUUUCUAUACUGCGUACAAAAAUUCUACCAGAAAUAUUGCUCAGAGGUAUACAAUGUAAACCUUUUCUUGGGGUGGUACUUUAGGAAGCUAAUUUUUUGAUCUUCCCGACAGUUUUAUAAAGAGGAAGGUAAGAUAAUGUGGGUUUGGUUUAGCCAUUGAUGUAGGUAGGAAGUUGGGAAGGUAGAAUAUAGGUGGGAAUUUAAUGUAUAUCUGUAAGCAACAAUAGACCAAUGUUUAGGAAAACAGUGAUUUUGAGCAGAGUUCAAUUGAUGCUUUAUCAACAAUAUAUAUGUUAUUUUAUAGUAAAAUAAUUAAAUAUCCUUUCCAUAUUUUUUUAAUGUUCUCCCCAAUUUUCCUACAUUUUUCCCAUGUUUUAUCCUGGUUUUUCAUAUUUUCUGGGAAAAAGUACCUCUCUAGUGAAGUUUCCUUUUAGAAACAUUGUUAUUAUUAAAAUUUGAAGCAAAAGUUGUCCACAGAAAAGAAAAUUCGUAAAUUAUAUUCAUUAAAUUUUGUAAAAUUUCUAGUUUUUCGCACUUGAUGAGAACUCAUAAGAAAAUAGAAAAAUUACCUCACCACAUCGAUUUUCUUUCAGAAAAGGUGUUACACGUAGAAAUACAAACAAUUCUUUUAGAAAAAAAGUUGCGCGGAUUAAAAAAAAAAAAAAAAAUCUUUGUAAAACCUAAAGGAAAAUUUACAAAAAAUAUACUUAAUUUUUGUUAUUUGUUGUAAUUCAGUUAAAAAUAUUUGUAGAGCCUUAAAAAUCAGACAAAAAACUUAUAUUUGCCUUUUCUAUACAUGGUAAAAUUUCCAAUAAAAAUUUAAGCUAUUUAUAGACAUUUAAAUUUUGCGAAUUUUGUACAUAAUUUUUAUUCGGUAGGUACUUUAUGGUAAAAUUAUUAGACUUACCACUUGAAAAUUUAACAGGAAGCUCAUUAAAAGUCUUACUUUGAACUCAAAAUAAUUUGAUAUCCUAUCUCCCUGACAUUGGCUGCAGCUAUCAUAUGAAGUAUGUCUUUAAUUAAUAAUGUUAUUAAAAUUUCAAAAAAUAUAUAAAUUUUUUAAAAAAAAGUUUUCACAUUUGGAUAGUUAUUUGAAAAUUUAAAGUUGAUAUAUGGGUUGUAACUUUUAAUAUUCAUAAUAAUAUCAAUUUUUACUUAAAAUCUUCAUAGAUAAUCAUGCUAGUUCAUGUAAAAGGAUCACUGCAUGUGUCUAAUAUUGAGUGUCAUUUUAAAUAUAUCCGAAAUAUAAUUUAAAAAAUAUUUUUAACUAUAAAACACAAUUGUAAUACUAUAGUUUUUUUAAUUUAUAAAUAUAGGAGUCCAGGGAAAGUAGAGUGAACAGUUGGAAAGCAUUUCAGGAAUCAACAAAAAAGUCAAGUAAAAAAAUCAAAAUUUUUAAGCCACCCAAACAUAAAGCAGAAUCCAGAUGAAAAAGUAGAUAUGUUUUUUAAUAAUAUACAUACAAAAUACAAAUAGUAUAUUUUUCUUAAUUAAUAUUUUAAUUGUUUUUCUUUUCAGUUAAUAUAAGUAUAAGCUCCAUUUUUUGUUUAUUCUAUACAUACAUGUAUUAGAUUAUAAAAUAAAAUAUUUUCAUACUUUUUAUUUUAUUAUUUUUAUGUGCAUAAAAAAUAAAAUUCCCGAUUUUUUUUUUUUUAAAUACUUGCAUUAAGUUAUACUUUUGUUUUGUAUGAUAAUGUACAAUUAUUAAAAGUUCAUUUAAAUAUUAGUUUUUGUAUAAAUAAUUCUUAUACUAUAAAAUUAUGUGUAUAUAUAUAAACAAAUUAUUAACUAUAUCUAUCUUUAGAUAAAGUAGUUAUUUUGGGUAACUAUUACAAUGCAGUUUUUGAUUUUAUAAACAAAUGUUGUUUUAAAUUUUUUUUGUUGUAAAAUUAUACAUGAUUGUUGUUAUAAACAACUCAUUAAUAGAUAUUCAUUUCUUAUACGUUAUAAUUAACCAGAAAAAAAACAUAAUGAAUAAUUGUUUUAAAUUACAAAAUGAAUUUUUGUAUUUCAAUUUCAGAUAUAUACCUGAACUACAUUUAUCGAUUGAGAUUCAAAUUAUUUUUGUUUUAGGUUACCAAAAUGUUGUAAUAUAUUAUUACCAUAUUACCAUUAUCAUCACAAAUAACUUAAAAUUAAAAAAUGAAGUCUUUAUCAAUUGAAUGUUCAAUUGUUCAUGCGUAGUGAUCAUCAAUAUCACUAGUAAAGUUUCUUGUGUCAAUUUCAUCGUCUUUCUCUUCUUCUUCUUCUUCAUCUUCAGUCGGGUAAUUGAGUCCAUUUUCAGUAGCAGAAUACAUAACUGACAAAUUAAAUUUUGGUUUACGACAUACAAAAUAAACACUUUUAUACUCAUAUUGUAGCAUAGAAUGUGGAUUUUGUGAAUAUUUGGUGGGAACAUUCAGUAUUUCUUUCUAAAAAAAUAGAUACAUGUUUUGAUAACUGUUCUAUAAUUUGUUAUUAGACAUAAAUGACACUUACUUCAAAUUGAAAACCAAUUCCUUUAAUUACUUCUUUUAUAACUUCAUAACUCGGUUCAAUAGAGUUUUGAUCAAACAUAUUACUGUAAUGAUAUAAUAAUGGCCCCAAAUUGAUCCAUAUUCCACCAGGUUUAAGUAUUUUAUAUAUAGUUUCAAUGAAUGCAACUAUAUUGUUAGCACAAUCGAUAAAAAAACAAGUGGCAAUGCAAUUCCAUUCAUCUUUAUUUGUGUAAACCUAUAAUCAUGUAAAUAUAUUAUAAAGAACAAGGUAACAAAACAACACAUUUUAAUAGAGAAAGUAAAUACUUGUAAAAAAUCUCCAGCAACCAUUGAUAUACUUGCAUUUUCUGGAAACUCUUUAGCUGGAUUGAUAUCAGGAAAUGUAAUACAUUGAGUUUGGUGUUUUGUUUCCAAAUUAUUGUCACACUGAUGAAUCCACGGGAAAAGAACAUGAGUAUUAACACCCCUGCAUCUACAAAGUAUAGUAAAAAUAAAGCAACUUAAUAAUAAUAUAAUGGCUAAACAAUUAUUACUUGUUUAAUACAAAAUUUGAUGCUAUUAACAUGAACACAGAAAACUCAUUUCCUUGACUAGUGUAACCUAAUUUUGCAAUUUCAAAGACUAGUCUUCCAAGACCUGCACCGGGUACCAAAAUUUUAAUGUCUGAUGCUGAAACACUAUAACAACAAUUUUGUGUUUAACAAAAUGUUGAACAAUUUUUAAAUUAUUUAAAACAUACCUUUUCAAUGGGAACUCUUUUAAAAUUUCAUCAAUUAUAGGUUUAUAACAGGUUUUACGCUCCUCAAUACCUUCAAUGCUCCAAUCUCGAACCAACUGUUUUAAAGUAGAUUCAACUUUUUCUAGGUCAGUUUCAAUUGGCUUGUUGACCUCAUCAGUUGAAUGCUAUAACCAAUUGGUAAAUGUUUCUAAAGAAUCACAAGUAAGACAAAUUAAUAAAUUUUCAUCAUUACCCAACCAUCCAGACUGGGAGUAUUUUGAUUUUCAAAUAGAUAUGCACUAUCUUGAACCAUUCCCAAUAUAACAUUAUAGUUAUAAUCUAUGCAAUUUCGUAUAGUCUCCAAACUGUUACUAUAGUUUGUUAAAAGUCUUUGAUGUUGUUCUGGUAAUGAUCUCAAGUAGUGAAUAGUCUUGGUGAGCCUGCUCAAAGAAUGAGUUCUGAAAGAAAUAUGUUACUAUUAUUUUAAAACUAAAAUUAAUAAUACUUAGUGCAAUUAUAACAUAAUCAUUUAGUUAAUUUAAAUAAAUAAAAUAAAAUAUUUGUAUACAAAAAGUUUAAAGUAAAUUUGGUUUAUUUUUUUCAUUAAAAAUUAUAAAAAAAAGGCCAUAUUUUUUUAUUAUAUAAAAAUAUGUAGUAGUAAUGUAUUACACAUUUAGCAAUAGUUCGUUUAAUAACAAUUAGACACCAAUAUAUUUUCAUAUUUGUUAUAGUGAGUAGGUUUAUAAUCAGUAUUUAACAUUAAGGAUAUGAAAAUAAUAAUUUAAGAUUUUAAACAAUAAAAAAAAAAAAAACUAUUAAUAAUUUAAAUGUUUAGUUCUUUUUUUAUUCCAUAAAUUAGAAAUAUUUUUUUCCAGUUAAAAACUAUGCCGAGUAGGGCAUAUCACAUGAACAAUAAAUUAAUAUUAGUGAAUUAAAAUUUCAUGUAGUUUAAACUGUCUUUAUAUAUUCAAGAGAGAUUUUCUGUGUAUACAAUAAUAUGUAUAUCUUCUUAAAAUUGAUAAAUAUUACAAAUAUAACAAAAAC